CCUCCUCAGUCCACAACUCUUUGCUCUCUGUUUUCUUUUCCCAUUCUCGGCUCCAUAGGAAUCCAAACUCCUAAUUUAAUUUAGGGUUUCACGAUUGCCUCUUCUCUUGCCGUCGGUCACCACAAACUUCAGAGAACUCAAAAUUAUACUCUUUCUAACAUAUGAUUCUCACACGGAUAUGAUGUUGUAACAGAUCUAGAAUUUAGAUUUUUAUAUUGAGACACGGGUUCGAGUCGUGGAAACAAGGCAGAAAUAUGGUACGAUAGACCUUAUAGUCCGGCACUUCUCCGGACCUAGCUCGUAGCGGGAGCUUAGUGUACUCGGCUGUCUUUUUUUUUAUAGGGUGAGUUCCGAAAUAAUUCUAUUUAAACUUGUUUUUCACAAAUAUAUGGACGCAAUAGUGAACAAAGCAGUGGAAGAACUCUGCAUACAAGGUUGCAAAGGCAGUAGUUCAGUUCUUAUCAGCGAUCUCUGGCCCAAACUAAAUCCCAUCCUUUCAAAAAACGGCCUUGUACUCUGUAAUAAUGUAAAAAAAGCAAUUUUUGUCUAACCUUAUUAACAUUCGGGGUCUCGAAUUCGAAUCGCGAGAAGGCAGUAGGUACACUUGUGAUGAUAAUGAUUUGGUUAAGUCAUAUAGUGUGGAAGAAUGCGAGAGAAUGGAAUUGAAGAUCGUCGUACCGGAGCAUAUGGUUGAUAAUUUUACUAGGAUUCAUGAGGUUGAGGUUUCCAAGUCUAAGCUAUGUAAACAAGAGUUAGAAGCUCUUCAUCUCCGUAAAAGAGUCCUCCAACGCAUCGCAAUUGCAAGAGCAAAUGGAAUUACCCAGUGUGAAAUUACUAAAGAAUUUGGCAUCAAGGCCAAUAACUUCUUCCACAUAUUUAAGGAGCUUGAGGUUCUAGGACUGAUUGUGAGGCAUGAAGCAAUUAUUUGGACAAAUGAAGCAUCCAACAAAGGGAAACUUAUAAGUAAGCAUACUACAACCAACAUGCUCUAUUUAAGCCGCUACAGGAAGCACUUGCACAGUCAACAAAGGCUUGAAAUAAGAGGUGGAGUUCUGAUGGCUGAUGAUUUAUCUCAUGAAAAUUCUGCUAGUUGUGAUGUGAAGAGGGGUUGUGCAUAUAAAAGAUUAUCUGCCCAUACUGAGAGAUAUUUGUAAUAAACUUGAAAAGGCUAAGGGGAAGGUUCUUGCUAUCUCAAAUAUUAAACAGGACCUAGGUUAUCGAGAUGCUCUUGGACAUAAAGAAUGGAGAAAAAAUAUCUUACGUAGGUUGACACAAGCUUAGGCCGUGGAGGUAACUGAAAAAGGCAAGUCUUUGCGUCUUUUAAAGGAAUUUUCACCAAUACACUUUAAUACUCGCGUACGUCGAUCAGAUGACCUUGGCCGAAAACAACCUCCGUUUAAAAUAGAAAAGAGAGGUCAGAUUGGCCAACAGCUUGUGGAGCUUCCCGUCGAGCAUCAGACUUUUGAAGUCCAGGAUUGGGGCAACAAUAGAAUGAGCAACGGACAGAAUUCUCCCAUAGAUGUGAGCAACACAGUUAAUGACACAAAAAUGCCGAUAAUGGAUUCUUCUGUACGUGACCUUGUACCUGUAAAAUCUUCGGUAACUGAAACAAUAUCCCCUAGAUGCCAAGCGUACAAAGCAUAUCCCAGUCAUAAAUUGCGAGAAGACUGGGCAAGGGAACAGAGGGAGCAGUGGAUACUUAAAAUGUUGUAUUUGGCAUCUCAACUACUUUUUUGCUUCUGCAUUGAAUAUAAGUCUAUACAUUUCAGUUUAGAUGAACCAACUCAAGCUAUUACUCUUUGAGCAGGAGGAGAAGUUCCUUAUAAAACCUGAGUUACAAAGACGACUUGAGAAUCUUGAGAAGGACAGGCACACAUCAAUGGACAAAAAGACCUUAGAACGCAGUUUGAAUAAGCUUCAACAAAAAGGGCACUGUAAAUGCCUUGAUGUCUUCUUCCCUGCUGUCACAAACUUUUGCGAGAACCGUAAAAAGGUCGUGGUCCUGCAUCCAUCCAUUUAUGAGUUAUCUCCUGCAAUGUUGGUUAAAAUUUAUGAUAGAAUUAGGUCCUUUGAAAGGAAAGUGCGUAGAGAAAGCUUUUCUCAGUUUGAGAAGGGGAAUGCACUUCCAGUAGUGUAUGAUAUGGGCAGAGGACAACAAAGAGUAGAAAUGGAUGUCCAAGAUGCACUAGCCAAAAAAAGUCAUUGGAUUAGGUCUGUGAUGCCAAAAUUGGCUCAGGCAAAGCGUCUUCACAUCUAUCUAUGGGAGUAUGUCAAUAAUGCCCAUGAUAGUGAAGAUACUUCCUCAUCUGGUAAAUACGGUUGUGGUUUGAAAAAUGAUGAUAACAGUUGCAAAUUGAUUGAUAUAGGUGCAGCCAUCGAGGCCAUGCAGCUUGAGCUGUUCUUACAAGUUUCAGGUUCUGCUCCAAUGCAUGAGAAUAUGUUUGAGAAAUGUGGGGAUUAUUUACACCUUUCUAAUAUUCCCAUGAAGGACAACGCGCGUCUGAGUGAUACCCAGUCAAUCCAGGAGCUAUCACUGCUGAUUGUCAUAUUACAACGUUUUAAGUUAAUCCGCCUUGUUUGUGGUGAACAUACGGUAGACGCCACUCAUGUGAUACAGAUCAUUCUUACUCAUGAGCUAGAGCUUAAACCUUACUUUGAGGAGCCUUUCUCUUCAACUGCACGAUCAUCUGAUUUUCAUGGUCUAGAUUCUUGCCAUCAAGUUAGACAUGAUUUUGUUCUUUCAAAUAGGAACGCUGUUGAUGAGUACUGGAACACUCUGGAGUACUUAUUGGCUGGUGCUAAUCCAGAAGCUGCUUCAAAUGCUUCCCCAGAAUCUGCAAUUCAAGAGGUGUUCCAUUGUUUUCACAAUAGGAAGCAAAUGCGUCUCUGUAGAUUCCAAGGAGUUGUAACUGCCAAAUGGAUGGAGGUUCAGCCCAUAGAAGGAUGGAAUAAUUCUUUACAGAAAAGAAAGAGGUCAUCAGGUGGAGAUCCUGCAAGACAUGUGAAGUUACGCACUUCAGACGUACGACCAAGUGACAAGAGCACAUUCGAUACUGUUGACCAAUUCCCUGAUGAACAAAAUGCUUUCCUGGUUUCUCUAGGGGAUGUUGGAUGUAAUUCUCAAAUAAAUUGCGUCGGUGAUCAUAGGGAGGUUACCAAAGGGCUAGAGCAAUGCGAAAAAACUGAGGCCAAUCACUCUUUCAUGAAGAGAAGUGAUAUCUCAAGUCUGAAGCCAACAAGCAGAGCAAGUUUCUCCUGGAGCGAAGAUGCAGACAGGCAAUUGGUGAUUGAAUUUGUAAGACACAAAGCUGCCGUUGGGCCAUAUUCUCGUUUUAAAUGGGCCUCAGUCAAAAACCUUCCAGCGUCACCUGAUGCCUGCAAAAGGAGAAUGACUGCUUUGAACUGCUGUAUGCAAUUCAGAAGUGCUUUAAUGAAUUUCUGUAAUGCAGUCUCGGAGCGUUAUGCACGGCACCUCCAGAACAGGUCUUUAGAUUGCGGUGAUUGUAAAGAGAUGGUUUGGCAUCAUGCCUCAGAAGAAGAAGAUUUGGAUCAAGGUGUUUCUGACGGCCGUGAACAUUCUAGAAAGGCUGUUGCACACGAGCGGUGGGAUGAUUUUGACAACGACAACGUAAAGGUUGCUCUAGAUAAGGUGCUAGAAUGCAAAAAGAUUGCUAAGUUGGAUGGUAGCAAUGGAGUUCAAUCUGCCAAUGAUAAUUCAGAUCUCAGUUUAAAUGCUGAAAGACCUGAGAAAAGCUCUCACUGGGUUCCUAAGAGGUGUGGUGAUCCUUUAAGUGAAAGCAACAGUGUAAGUAGGCAAGCAUUUGAAUCAGUUGCAGUUGCAAAUGCUGCAGAACUAUUAAAGAUGGCAGUCCUGGCCUUCUCAAGAUUUCGACUGGUGCCAGCCUCCAUUGUUGAAACGUACAAUCAUUACCCAAAGCAUGAUAUUUUGGAUGCUUUCAACUUCCUCAAAGAGAAGAAAGUGAUCAGGACUACAGCCAAAGGCACCGUUGUAUUUCCUCCGAACAUCUUGAAUAGUAUGUUUUUAUCUCCGCUUCAAAGAGAAACUGGAGCACAAGCAGCUAGAUUUUCAACCUGGCUGCAUCAAAGAGAAAAAGAGAUGAUAAAUGGUGGGGUUGAUCUUCUGCCGGACUUGCAAGGUGGUGACGUCUUAACUUUAUGUGGUCUGUUGUCUGCAGGAGAACUGUCAAUUAUACCAUGCCUUCCAGAUGAAGGCGUUGGAGAGGCUAAGGAUGACAGAACUCUCAAACGUAAACAUAAUAUUUGUGAGUUUUGGGAUGGAAACAGGAGUAAGAAAUUGAGACCAUGGUUGAUUGGCGAAGGUGAGGGUCGCAGAGCAAAGGGUUUUCCUGAUAUUACUUUAUCCUUGAGCCGUGCAACAUUUUUCAGCAGAGAAGCUGUAGAAUUUUUUAAAGAUGAUGACAAUCAGCCCUUAACACAAAUUGGUGAAGAAAGUCAAGUUCAUGUCAGUUCUGCUGGUGACCAGGGUCUAAGCAUGAAAGAAAUCUCAAUGUCUGUGGAUGUUCAGGGGGAAAAGAUGCUGGGCAUUAUUGUCGACGUCCUUGAAGCUUUUGGACAAGUAUUGAAGGUCAAUGCUUAUGAUUCUGUUCAUGUGGUUGAUUCAUUAUAUCGUUCUAAGUAUGUGUUAUCCACUAUGUCUGUUGCUCAACAAGAUUCUUUGGUCAUUCCUGCGGGAGUUUCUAAAGGGGCAGCACCAAGCAAACAUGAAGCCGCUGAACUCCAUAAUCCCACUGAUCAAGAGCAACCUUCUGAACCUUUACUUGAAAGGCAAAGCACAAAUAAUGACCAUGAUCCACUGGACUUCCAAACUGCAAAAUCUCAUUUCUGUAAGCCAAUAUUGUUUUGGAUUGAUGGUGAUGGCACUGUCAACAACAUUGUCUACAGAAAACUUGUGUCUCGUGCUCUGGGUAUCAUAAUGCAGAAUCCAGGAAUUCUAGAGGAUAAUGUUAUCGACCAGAUGCAUGGUCUGAAUCCUCAGAUUUGCAGAACUUUGUUAGAGAUGAUGAUUCUGGAUAACCAUAUCAUUGUGCGUAAAAUGUUUGAAACUAUAGCUGGGCCACCUGCUAUUCUCAGUGGCCUUCUUGGAAGACAAUUCAGGAGUUCAAAGAUUAUUUUAAAACGACAUCUCUUCGCGAAUCCCAUGAGCACUUCCCUUUUGUAAAGAUGGAAACAUCUAUCUGUAAGUACAAGCACUGAUCUAUUAACGUUCUUAUAAUUUAAAGUCAGUUUCUUUUUAUUGCA